AAACAUCAAUAAAUCAUCACCAAGGUACUUCCCAAAUACAUUCUUAUUCAUAACAACUUCCAGUGACAUGACGUUGUAGAAUAUAUUAGCACAUGCAGUGAGUAAAAUCUCACUCAUUUCCAUUAUACGAGAUAAUCUCUUAAAUCGAGAGUAUAAGGUUUGAUCCUCUCCUGUUUAAGUCAGUAUAGAUUAUGAGAUGAAACCAAUUUGGUUUAUUAUCGCAUUAUGCCUAGAUGAGUCGAUUGCUAAAAUUGUUCUAAUUUGUCAUUUGAAGCAUUCAGACGUUGGACAUGGACAUUUUGAAACUUGUGAAACUAGUAAACCAGCAAUUGACACAUCAACUGAUAAAAUCAUAGAUACAGCUAUUGGAUGGUCAAAAUCUAGAACAACGAAUGAUGUGCAGCAAUACUAUACUGAAUAUGUAAACUGUGUCCAUUUCCCGUUCGACCUAAACACAGUUUUUCCUAAUUUAGAAGUGAUAAGACUUUGGAAAUCGAAUGUCAAGUUUGUGGAUAAUAUGGAUCUGAGGAACUUAGUCAAUCUUAAAAUAUUUGAUUUAGAAGACAAUAACAUUGAAGUGCUGCAAAGUGAUUUAUUUAUUAAUAAUAUUAAGCUUAAGGAAAUUUACUUGCAGAAAAAUAAGCUCAAGUUCAUUGCUGCUCGUGUCUUUAAUGUUAUAAACCUUAUUGCCUUGAAUCUUGAAGAGAAUCUUUGUGUCAAUGGAAAGGCUUAUAAUGACAUUAGUGCCAUGCUGACAUUGAAGUUGAAAGUUGAUGAAAUUUGCUCGGCACCUGAAUUUUUAUUGACGAAAAAUGAGCAGUUGAUUAAAACUAUUGUGGACUUGAAUUAUACAUUGACAGAGGAAUCAAAGAAGAGAGGAAGCUUAGACAUUGAGUAUUCGAAGGCAAAAAGCUCACUAACAACAUGCGAGGAUGAAAGAUCAACCAUCCAAAAUGACAAAUUUAGAAUGAAUUCACAAAUAAAGAAAGAUGCAAAUUCCAUCAAGAAACUUAAUGAUGAAUUAAAGUCUGUAAAGGAAUUGAACAAUGAUCUAACUUCCGAGAAUGUCAAAUUAACAAAUCAAGUCAAAAAGCUAAGCCUAAAGCUCAAAGAUUCUGAAGAAAAAGUUUAUGACUUGAUCACCAAUAAUCGUGCCUGUACAUCGGAAUCAAGUGAUUCCUUAAAGGAAAGAACACUGAAAUAUGAAAAUGAGAAACUAUCAAAAGAAAUUCAGGAACUCAAAUCAUUCAAGAAUGACUUAGAACUUGAAUGGAGAAUAGUUAGUCUGGAAUGUCAAUUUGUCAUUUGGAACAAUGUCUAUACAUGCCAAACUGACAAGCUCAAAGUCAAAAUAGAUGAUGCUGAAGUUGUUGUAGUCGGGAAGCAUGUAAAAGGAAAGAAAAGUAGCCAGGUUAAAAAGCUAGUCAUUAAUUCAGAAGAUGUCAAAAUGAUUUUCCUUCCAAUAAACUUAGGAACAGUCUUUGAAAAGGUCCAGUCAAUCAUCAUUCAGAAUUCGAACUUAAUUUCCAUUAAAAUUGAAAAUUUUGAUAACAUGAAAGAAUUGAAGGAAAUUCUGUUGGAUUACAAUGAUAUUGAGGAGAUUCCGUUUGACACAUUUACAUAUCCAGUCAAUUUGGAAAGAUUGUCACUAGGACACAAUAAAAUCAAGUAUCUCAAUAAGGAUUUAUUCAAGGAACUGAAGAAACUUAAGUAUCUCUUCGCGAAUGACAAUAAAAUCCAAAAGAUCAACGCUGAAUUACUAAAAUUCAACAACAAACUGGAACUAGUUAAUCUACAGAACAACAACAUCAAGCAUAUUGGACUCAAUGCUUUCAAAACCUUAAAUAAACUAAUAUUGAUCAAUCUAGAAAACAAUAAAUGUAUAAGUGUGAAGUAUAACCUCGAGCAAUUGAAUAAGGAAACGAACACGAUCAUCUCAAAAUGCUCAUCUCCAGAAACACAGGACAUUGAUUGCCAAUACGAAAAUUUUGAUUCCGUAUAUACAUGCAGCAUAAUUGAUAUUAGAAUUGAAAGUGACAAUAUUUUAAUUUCAAACAUCGAAGGAAAUCAUUUGGUAACAAAUGGAAAUGACAAUGUCAAGCUGAUAAAGGCUUACAAUCAGGAUUUGAAGUUUUUUCCAACUGGAUUCUCCAACUUUUAUAAAAAUGUUGAAAAAAUUGAUGUGAAAAAUUCUCAGCUGGUCGGAAUUGGUGAAAAUGAAUUUAUUGGACUGAUAAAAGUCAAGGAACUGAUCCUAUCUAGCAAUAACAUAAACAACCUUCAUGAAAACAGCUUUAAAGACCUUAAAAAUUUGGAGAUUCUGAAUUUAUCAAAUAAUCAAAUUACCAAACUUCCGAACAAAGUUUUUGAACAACUUACAAGUCUAAAAACUUUGGAUAUAUCCACAAAUAAAAUUCAGAAGCUUCCGACCAAUUUACUAGCGAAAAACAUAAACCUAGAGAUAUUGAAUGCAAGUGGAAACAAGCUUUCUCAAAUUCAUUCAGCACUGCUCAACAGAAAAGUUAAAUUGAAGGAAGCAAAUUUCAAUUCUAAUUCAUGUAUAAAUGCUCGAAUGCCUCAUAUAUCCUUAGAUUCAUUGAUAUUAUUAUUUGUAGAAAAUUGUAGUCAGAUUGACCAAUAAAUAGAGUAGAUCUGAGUGGAUGAAUCUUUUUACAACUAGCAUAA